GUGGUUAUGGUCUGUCAGAAAGGAAGCUUUGCUGCAGAUGGGAAGAUAAAGCUCAAAAGCACCUACGCUGCCUCUUGAACUUUUUUUUUUUUUUUAAUUAACUGUCUUCUUUCUCGUGUUUCUUUGACCGGGUGCACGGCACAGACUUCCCAUGUCCUGGGAGACAAACAUUCUUGGCUCAGCCAUGAAUAACUGUGUGCUUCUGGAGGAACUGCUGAUCAAGAAAUCCCAGCAGAAGAGAAGGACUUCACCCUCCAACUUCAAAGUGCGCUUCUUUGUCCUGACCAAAUCCAAGCUGGCUUACUAUGAACAUCGCCACGGGAAAAAAAGGACUUUAAAGGGUUCUGUGGAACUUUCCAGGAUUAAGUGUGUGGAAAUUGUGAAAAGUGACAUCAUCAUUCCCUGUCAGUACAAAUACCCUUUCCAGAUUGUCCAUGACAAUUACAUCCUCUACGUGUUCGCCCCCAACCGCGAGAGCAGGCAGAGAUGGGUCCUCACGUUGAAGGAAGAAAUCAGAUACAACAAUAGUUUGGCUUCAAAGUGUCAUCCAGACUUUUGGUUAGAUGGCAAGUGGAGAUGCUGUGCUCAGACAGAGAAGAUGGCAGCUGGCUGUGUGGUAUAUGACCCCACCAAAAAUGCCUCAAAGAAGCCUCUUCCUCCCACUCCUGAAGAUAACUGGGUGAGUGCAAAAUUGUUGCUAGACCCCAAGGAUGCCGUGGUCAUAGCCAUAUAUGACUAUGAAGCCCAGAACCCGCAGGAGCUGACAUUACAAUAUAAUGAGGAAUAUUAUGUCAUUGACAGCUCUGAGGAACAUUGGUGGCUGAUUCAAGAUAAGAAUGGGCAUGAAGGCUACGUGCCAAGCAGCUACCUGGUGGAAAAAUCACCUGAGAAUCUGCAGGUUUAUGAGUGGUACAAUAAGAACAUCAGCAGAAGCAAAGCAGAAACACUGCUCAGGGAUGAGGGUAGAGAAGGGGCCUUCAUGGUGAGAGAUUCAAGGCAGCCUGGCAUGUACACAGUCUCUGUUUUCACCAAAGCAUUAAGCACGGACAACAAUCCUGUUAUAAAGCAUUAUCACAUCAAUGAGACAACUGACUUUCCCAAGCGAUACUACCUGGCAGAAAAGCACGUGUUUGACUCCAUCCCUGACCUCAUCAACUACCACCAGCACAAUGCAGCAGGUCUCGUGACGCGGCUGCGAUACGCGGUCUCCUCCUGGAGGAAACAGGCUCCCAUCACUGCAGGGCUCAGCUAUGGAAAAUUGGUCAUUAAUGCCUCUGAGCUCACCCGUGUGCAGGAGAUUGGCAGUGGUCAGUUUGGGGUGGUCUACCUUGGCUACUUGCUGGACAAGACCAAAGUAGCCAUAAAGACCAUCCGUGAAGGAGCAAUGUCUGAGGAGGAUUUCAUUGAGGAAGCCAAAGUCUUGAUGAAGCUGUCUCACCCCAAGCUAGUCCAGCUUUAUGGUGUAUGCCUUGAGGAUGCACCCAUCUGCCUGGUGUUCGAGUUCAUGGAGAACGGCUGCUUGUCUGACUACCUCAGGAGCCAGCGGGGCAGCUUCUCCAAGGAAACCCUGCUGGGGAUGUGCCUGGAUGUGUGUGAAGGAAUGGCUUAUCUGGAACAAAACUCUGUCAUCCACAGAGACCUCGCUGCCAGGAACUGCCUGGUGGGGGAGUCCCACGUGGUCAAAGUGUCUGACUUUGGGAUGUCCAGGAUUGUCCUGGAUGAUCAGUACACCAGCUCCACGGGUACCAAGUUUCCAGUCAAGUGGUCUGCCCCAGAGGUUUUCUCCUACAGCAACUACAGCACCAAAUCUGACGUUUGGUCAUUUGGAGUGCUGAUGUGGGAGGUCUUCAGUGAAGGUAAAAUCCCCUACGAGAAUCGCACCAAUGCAGAAGUGGUGGAAGAAAUCAACGCAGGAUUUCGGCUCUACAAACCCAAGCUGGCCUCCAAGGCCAUUUAUGAGGUGAUGAGCCACUGCUGGAGGAUGGGGAAAGAUGAGCGGCCAUCCUUUUCUCUUCUGCUGUUUCAGCUGAGUGAAAUUUCUGAGUUUGAUAUGUAAUCAUGGCACUGUGUGCUCAGCACAGUCAAGAGAGUCCUGAGAAGAGAGAAGGCUGGAUUUUCCCCAACAAAGCAUUAUAGGAAUCCUCUCACCAUAAACAUUUGCCAUAUGCCUGGGGAGAAGGAGAGGGCAGAGGCUGGUA